AUGGUGGGUCUAAGGACGGAUGAUUCAUCUUGUGUCAGAGAAAAGGUUGAAGACAAAAGGGGCAAGAAGAAGUGGAAAAGAGUAGAAGUGAAUAUCAAAGAUCAUGUUGUGAUUCCAGCAUAUCCUGAAGGUUUAUCAACAGAAGAUUAUAGUAAGCAUUUUGAAGAUUACACAUCAAAAAUAUCUACAUCACAAAUUCCACAAGAUAAACCCUUGUGGCAACUUCACAUUUUCAAUUACCCUACAAAGAAUGCUGCUGCAACUUUCAUGUAUAAGUUUCACCAUGCCAUUGCUGAUGGCACCUCGCUCAUGGGAGUCGUCUACUCUUGCUAUAAACGAGUAGACGAUCCUUCGAAACCUCUCACAUUCCCAUCUAGAACUACUCCAAGGGAGAAACAAAGUCAUUCUAUCAAGAAAGUUUUCAGCAUUGUGCCUAAUUUUAUGGCUUCUUUCUUUUACACCUUCCUACAUUUUGGACAAAGUAUUAGGUUAUCUUUCUCAGCAGAUGAUCGGACUCCAAUUAGGUCGGGUAAUAUGAAUCCGGAUUGUAGAAUUUGCACCGUCAAUUUAUCUCUUACUGAUAUCAAAAGAAUCAAGACUUUUCUUGGAGUGACAGUAAAUGAUGUUGUCGUUGGGAUACUUUUUCUUGGAUUUCGUUUAUAUAUGCAAGAAAUCAACAAUGGACAACUAAAGAACACACGAUCCACGGCUGUGAUAACUCUUAACAUGAGGAGUGACAAAGGAUAUGCACACGCAGAAGAAAUGCGCAAAAAUAAUGCCAAGGUACCAUGGGGAAAUAGAUUUUCAGGUAUCGAAUUACCAAUCACAAAUUUAGAGGAGAAUGAUAUUAAAAAUCCUCUAAAGUUUAUCUUGAAAGCUCACAAAAUUAUUAAGAAAAAGAGGAAUACUAUUUUUGCUCAAAUUCUCUUAUUAUACUGCCUUGGAGCUGUGAGGACAUGUAUAGGCCUUCAGGUACGUUACAUUUUGCUUGAUGUUAAUUAUUUUUCAAACGGGAAUUAUAUUUAA